AAACAAUUCAAUAUCGACUUCGAUAUCAUACUUGAUAUACAUCUUGUUAUAUAUCUUGUUUUGCUUCACUGCCAGAGAAUGAUCACACCCUUCUACUACACUCAUCCGACCAUCGACUCAAGCUCUGGCGUACCAUGGAGAAAGCAACACAAAUGAACCAGGCCGAACGCGAUGCUCUCGACCUCGCAGCCCUCGGGCACGAGCAGGCACUCACCCGCAAAUUCAGCACCCUGAGCAUGCUAUCCCUCGCCUUCUGCAUUCUCGGCACAUGGGCCGUCUGCGCACAAUCCCUCGCAACAGGUAUCCAGAACGGUGGACCUGUAACUUGUCUCUGGGGCCUUGUCCUCGUCACACUCUGCAAUGUGUGUAUCGCCAUGUCCCUGGGCGAAAUGUGCUCUAGCAUGCCGUCUGCGCUGGGCCAGGCGCUCUGGGUGGGCAAGCUUUGGAAGACCUCGUGGGGCAGGUUUGCGAGUUAUUUGACGGCGUUUAUUAGUGUUGUUGGGUGGUGGUGUCUUUCGGCUUCGCAGAUUGCGUUUAUGGCGGAGUUUGUGUUGUCCAUGAAACUCAUGUUUGACCCGGAGUGGACGGGGAUGAAUAAUGGGUGGGUUAUGUUUCUGGUCUACACUGGGAUCAACAUCUUAUUUACGUUUGUAAACUACGUCGGCUGCCGAUCGGAAAAGUUCCUCCCCUGGUUCAACAACUUUGUCGCCGUUGGUUUCGUCGGUCUCUUCAUCGCCUUCUGUCUCGCCCUCCCAAUCCUAGUUGGAACGAACUCAACUCUCGAGUAUCAAUCACCGAAAUUCGUCUUUGGAACUUGGAUCAAUGAAACCGGCUGGGCUGAUGGCGUGGUUUGGUUUCUUGGACUCGUUCAGUCUGCGUAUGCUCUGACUGCAUACGAUUCUGUUCUUCAUAUGGUUGAAGAAAUCCCCGCGCCUCGACGUAAUGCCCCGAGAACAAUGGUUCUGGCUAUUGUUAUGGGCGCCAUUUCAGGCUUCAUCUUCUUGGUAGCUUGCUUGUUUUGCAUCCAAGACCUUGCUACGACUCUGGAUGCUCCCUCUGGAUUUCCUUUCAUCGAGGUUGUUCAGAAUGUCGUUGGUCUCAAGGGAGGUGCGGUAUUGAUCGCUCUCUUCACAUUUAACGGAUUUGGUCAGGGUGUGUCAAUUUUGACCUCAGCGUCAAGACUGACCUGGAGUUUUGCUCGUGAUCGAGGUCUUCCAUAUGGAGAUUACUUCGCCUACGUCGACCCCUAUUGGCAAGUCCCUGCACGAUCUCUGAUUCUCCAAGGAGCUUUCAUCAACAUCCUUGGAUUUUUGUACUUCUUCUCAAGCACCACCCUUUCAGCCAUUCUGAGUGUCAGCACCAUUGCUUUGACAAUCUCAUACGCUAUCCCUAUCGCUGUCUUGAUGGCCGUUGGUCGAGAUAAGUUACCUUCGGGAGGAGAAUUUGGUCUUGGAAGAUUUGGACCAGCGCUCAACAUUAUUUCCAUCAUCUACACUGUCAUCACGACUGUAUUCUUCUUUUUCCCUGGAUCGCCAAACCCAGCCGUUGGGGACAUGAACUUUGCUAUUGUUGUAUUUGGAGUCAUGUUGGUCAUUGGACUUGGAUUCUGGGUUAUCAAGGGCCGAAAGUGUUUCUUGAAGAUUGAGGAUCUGUCUGAUAAUGUUCUUUAUGGACAGGGAGACGAUGAACAGACAAGGGCAGAGGAGCUCACGGAGAAGAGAUAA